AUGCUACAAUCCCUCUACCAAAGUUUAGCUUCAAACUUACCAUUGAUGGCUCAAAGUACAAAUUAUGGCGUCGCAUUUUUUGGAUAUUUGCAAAGGAAUCGUCGGUUCCGAUUCCGAUUCUCGCCAAAUGAGGCGGGUACCCGACUAUGUUCAUCCUUAGUUUGCAGGAAUUUUGGGGUCCAAUCCCACUGCCUACAACAACUUCCCACCUCAACAAAUUCCCAUUGGAGCAUCACACGUGAACUAUUCUUCCCAGCACCAAGGAUUGUCGCCGGCCCAACAGCAACUUGGCUAAAUUACAACUUUCAGCCCAAUAGGCCCAAUGCUACCUUCAUUUGGCGCUACUUCAUUUGGACUUCACCCAUGUUCAAACCAAGUGCCCCAUAUUACACAUCCUACUCAACAUCCCAAGUGGGUUCUUUUUUUAAUUAUUCGCAGAUCACUCCCCACGUCCAAAGUGGUCUACAACAGCAACACAAUAAUUUUUUUGGUGGAUCUGUUCCGGCUAAUCAACCAGCACAUCAAUUUACCCAUCUCAGCUUCAUUUUUCAAGCAAUGUCUGUUCAACCACCACCAGAUAACAACUGUUACAUGGACACUGGUGCAAACUCUCAUAUGUCGUUUAACCAAGUUCAAACUGACAUCAAGGCAUUUCAAUACGACAACGGUCGUGAGUUUAAUAAUCAACCUCUUCUUCAACUCUUUCAAACUAAUGGUAUUCAAGUUCGUUUUUGUCCCUACACCUCUCAGCAAAAUGGAAAACUUGAACGCUCAAUCCAUACCAUUAACAACAUUGUUCGCACCUCUUUAUUUCAAGCUUCCUUAUCCAUCAAAUUUUGUGUUGAAGCUCUUCUCACUGUUGUCCAUACUCUUAAUCUCCAUCCUACCACUACUCUUUCAUUUAAAACUCCAUUUGAGACCUUGUUUGGUUUGUUUCCGAAUUAUGACCAUUUGCAUGUUUUCGGGUGCCUAUGUUACCCAAAUACAUCUUCUACUGCCUCUCACAAACUUGCACCUUGCUCUUCCGCUUGUGUCUACCUCGGUUCAUCUCCAGACCACAAAGGAUAUCGUUGUCUUGACCUAAUCACUCAACACAUUAUCAUUUAUCGCCAUGUCGUUUUUUAUGAAGAUCAUUUUCCUUAUACUAAUUUUCAACCUUCCCCUUCCACAUCCUAUUACGAAUUGCUCGUUCCUAAUGAUGAUAUUCCUCUAAUUCUCUCUCCUUCUAAUCCUUCUCCUCUUGUACCUCCGGUGGAUACUUCCUCUCCCUCGAACUCCUCAUCCUUUGUCCCCUCCCCUCAUGUCCAGCCUUCUGCUCCCUCUUCCAACAACCAUGGACAUCCUAUGAUCACCCGUUCUCGUACUGGCUCUCUUAAACCUCGUUAUCUUCUCAACUUAUCCGCUUCGUCUAUCUCUCCAAUUCCCCGUUCAACCUAUCAGGCUCUUUGUGACCUAAAUUGGAAAUCUGCCAUGGUCUCUGAAAUGGAAGCUCUUCAGUCUAAUCAUACGUGGGAUCUCGUCUCUCCCCUUCUAAUGCAAAUAUUGUUGGUUGUCGAUGGUUAUAUCGACACAAGCUUGACUCUAAAGGCAAUCUUGAUCAAUAUAAAGCGUUUCACUGUAUACAUCACCUCUGUUGGGUUUCAAAGCAGUCGUUCUGAUACUUCUCUUUUUACUUAUCACCAUGAGAAUGAUGUUGCGUAUCUUCUGCUGUAUGUCGACAAUAUCAUCCUUACUGCUUCCUUAUCAACCUUGGCUACACGUGUUAUUUCUCGACUGUCUGCUGAGUUUCCUAUGUCUGAUUUGGGACCUCUCUCGUUUUUUCUCGUCAUUGCUGCUACUAGGUCGUCAUAG